GUUCCAGCUCUGUGACUGAACUCUGGUCUUAUUGACUAGGGAGCAAUUGGGCAGGCGUGCUUCACCCCUGGGAUUGACAGUCAUUUCAUGUGAGCAAACAGGAACCUUAGUGAGAUAUCUUUAAGCACAAUAAAAGCAUUUGGUUUUAAAAUAGAGGAAAUGCUAGCUACUGUAGUGCCUGGGCCUUUGCAGCUGUUUGUUUUACAGGUGCAAGAGAACUGACAUGCCUGUGUUCUCCAGUUCUGUUACCUUUCUUGAGCAGUUCUACUUGAAUGUUUUCUAUCUAUUCGUACUCAUUUCUACUCCUUCUGACCCUUCCUUUCUAUUUCCCCUUUCUCUGCCUUGUUCUUCUCUUUCAGUUUUGAAUAUACUAACACUGAAUCAGCACUUCUAAAGCCCUGCCUUCUCCCACUGGCUUCACUUGGCCUUCAGACAUAAUGAGGAGACUGGCUUUUCGAGGCGCUGGUUGUGCUCUGGUAAAGCUGAAGAAGUUGGAUUCAAUGGGUUCCAAGAGGAGAAGAGCUACCUCCCCUUCCAGUAGUGUCAGUGGGGACUUUGAUGAUGGGCACCAUUCCGUGUCCACGCCAGGCCCAAGCAGGAAAAGGAGGCGACUUUCCAAUCUUCCAACUGUAGAUCCUAUUGCUGUGUGCCAUGAACUCUAUAACACCAUUCGAGACUAUAAGGAUGAACAGGGCAGGCUCCUCUGUGAGCUCUUCAUUAGGGCACCGAAGCGAAGAAAUCAACCAGACUAUUAUGAAGUGGUUUCCCAGCCUAUAGACUUGAUGAAAAUCCAACAGAAACUAAAAAUGGAAGAGUAUGAUGAUGUUAAUCUACUGACUGCUGACUUCCAGCUGCUUUUUAACAAUGCAAAGGCUUAUUAUAAGCCAGAUUCUCCUGAAUAUAAAGCUGCUUGCAAACUCUGGGAUUUGUACCUUCGAACACGAAAUGAAUUUGUUCAAAAAGGAGAAGCUGAUGAGGAAGAUGAUGAUGAAGAUGGGCAAGACAAUCAGGGGACAGUGACUGAAGGAUCUUCUCCAAGUUAUUUGAAGGAGAUCCUGGAGCAGCUUCUUGAAGCCAUAGUUGUAGCCACAAAUCCAUCAGGACGUCUCAUCAGUGAACUUUUUCAGAAACUGCCUUCUAAAGUGCAAUAUCCAGACUAUUAUGCAAUAAUUAAGGAGCCUAUAGAUCUCAAGACCAUUGCCCAGAGGAUACAGAAUGGAAGCUACAAAAGUAUUCAUGCAAUGGCCAAAGAUGUAGAUCUCCUAGCAAAAAAUGCCAAAACUUAUAAUGAGCCUGGUUCUCAAGUAUUUAAGGAUGCAAAUUCAAUUAAAAAAAUAUUUUACAUGAAAAAGGCAGAAAUUGAACAUCAUGAAAUGGCUAAGUCAAGCCUUCGAAUAAGAACUCCCUCAAAUUUGGCUGCAGCCAGGCUGACAGGCUCUUCGCACAGUAAAGGCAGUCUUGGUGAAGAGAGAAAUCCCACUAGCAAGUAUUACCGUAAUAAAAGAGCAGUUCAAGGAGGUCGUUUAUCAGCAAUUACCAUGGCACUUCAAUAUGGCUCAGAAAGUGAAGAGGAUGCUGCUUUAGCUGCUGCACGUUAUGAAGAAGGAGAGUCUGAAGCAGAGAGCAUCACUUCUUUUAUGGAUAUCUCAAAUCCUUUUUAUCAGCUUUAUGACACAGUUAGGAGUUGUCGGAAUAACCAAGGGCAGCUAAUAGCUGAACCUUUUUUCCAUUUGCCUUCAAAGAAAAAAUACCCUGAUUACUAUCAGCAAAUUAAAAUGCCCAUAUCACUACAACAGAUCAGAACCAAGCUAAAGAACCAGGAAUAUGAAACUUUAGAUCAUUUGGAGUGUGAUCUGAAUUUAAUGUUUGAGAAUGCCAAACGCUAUAAUGUUCCCAAUUCAGCCAUCUACAAGAGAGUUCUGAAAUUGCAGCAAGUCAUGCAGGCAAAGAAGAAGGAGCUUGCAAGGAGAGACGACAUUGAGGAUGGAGACAGCAUGAUCUCUUCAGCCACCUCUGAUACUAGUAGUGCCAAAAGAAAAAGUAAAAAGAACAUAAGAAAGCAGCGAAUGAAAAUCUUAUUCAAUGUUGUUCUCGAAGCUCGAGAGCCAGGUUCAGGCAGAAGACUUUGUGAUCUAUUUAUGGUUAAACCAUCCAAAAAGGACUAUCCUGAUUAUUAUAAAAUUAUCUUGGAGCCUAUGGACUUGAAAAUAAUUGAGCAUAACAUCCGCAAUGACAAAUAUGCAGGGGAAGAAGGAAUGAUAGAAGACAUGAAGCUGAUGUUCCGGAAUGCAAGACACUAUAACGAGGAAGGCUCCCAGGUAUACAAUGAUGCGCACAUCCUGGAGAAGUUACUCAAAGACAAAAGGAAAGAACUGGGCCCUCUGCCUGAUGAUGAUGACAUGGCUUCUCCCAAACUCAAGCUAAGUAGGAAGAGUGGCAUUUCUCCUAAAAAAUCUAAAUAUAUGACUCCAAUGCAGCAGAAACUAAAUGAAGUCUAUGAAGCUGUAAAGAACUAUACUGAUAAGAGGGGCCGUCGCCUCAGUGCCAUAUUUCUGAGGCUUCCCUCUAGAUCCGAGCUGCCUGACUACUAUCUGACCAUCAAAAAGCCCAUGGACAUGGAAAAAAUUAGAAGUCACAUGAUGGCCAACAAGUACCAAGAUAUUGACUCUAUGGUUGAAGAUUUCGUCAUGAUGUUUAACAAUGCUUGUACAUAUAAUGAACCCGAGUCUCUGAUCUACAAAGAUGCCCUUGUCCUACACAAAGUACUGCUUGAAACUCGGAGAGACCUGGAGGGAGAUGAGGAUUCUCAUGUCCCAAAUGUGACCUUGCUUAUUCAGGAGCUUAUUCACAAUCUUUUUGUGUCAGUCAUGAGUCAUCAGGAUGAUGAGGGAAGAUGCUACAGUGAUUCCUUAGCAGAAAUUCCUGCUGUGGAUCCCAGCUUUCCAAGCAAAUCUCCCCUUACUUUUGACAUAAUUAGGAAGAAUGUUGAAAAUAAUCGCUACCGGCGGCUGGAUUUGUUUCAAGAGCAUAUGUUCGAAGUAUUGGAAAGGGCAAGAAGGAUGAAUCGGACAGAUUCUGAAAUCUAUGAAGAUGCAGUAGAACUUCAGCAGUUUUUUAUUAAAAUUCGUGAUGAACUCUGCAAAAAUGGAGAGAUCCUUCUUUCACCAGCUCUCAGCUAUACUACAAAACAUUUGCAUAAUGAUGUGGAGAAAGAGAAAAAGGAAAAAUUACCAAAAGAAAUAGAAGAAGAUAAACUAAAACGAGAAGAAGAAAAAAGAGAAGCUGAAAAAAGUGAAGAUUCCUCCGGUGCUACAGGCCUCUCAGGCUUACAUCGCACAUACAGCCAGGACUGCAGCUUUAAGAACAGUAUGUACCAUGUUGGAGAUUAUGUCUAUGUGGAACCUGCAGAGACCAACCUACAACCACACAUAGUCUGUAUUGAGAGACUGUGGGAAGAUUCUGCUGGUGAAAAAUGGUUGUAUGGCUGUUGGUUUUAUCGGCCAAAUGAAACAUUCCACCUGGCUACACGAAAGUUUCUAGAAAAAGAAGUUUUUAAGAGUGACUAUUACAACAAAGUUCCUGUUAGUAAAAUUCUAGGCAAAUGUGUGGUUAUGUUUGUCAAGGAAUACUUUAAAUUAUGCCCAGAAAACUUUCGAGAUGAGGAUGUUUAUGUCUGUGAAUCACGGUAUUCUGCCAAAACCAAGUCUUUUAAAAAAAUUAAGCUGUGGACCAUGCCCAUCAGCUCAGUUAGGUUUGUUCCUCGGGAUGUGCCCCUUCCUGUGGUCCGAGUGGCCUCUGUUUUUGCAAAUGCAGACAAGGGGGAUGAUGAGAAGAACACAGACAACUCAGAGGACAGUCGCAUUGAAGACAAUUUUAACUUGGAAAAGGAGAAAGAAGAUGUCCCUGUAGAAAUGUCCAAUGGUGAACCAGGUUGCCACUACUUUGAACAGCUCCGUUACAAUGACAUGUGGCUGAAAAUUGGUGACUGUGUCUUUAUCAAAUCACAUGGCUUGGUGCGCCCUCGUGUGGGCAGAAUUGAAAAGGUAUGGGUCCGAGAUGGAGCUGCAUAUUUUUAUGGCCCAAUCUUCAUUCACCCAGAGGAGACGGAACAUGAGCCUACAAAAAUGUUCUAUAAAAAAGAAGUGUUUCUGAGUAAUUUGGAAGAAACCUGCCCCAUGACAUGUAUUCUGGGAAAGUGUGCUGUAUUGUCAUUCAAGGACUUCCUCUCCUGCAGGCCAACUGAAAUACCAGAAAAUGACAUUCUGCUUUGUGAGAGCCGCUACAAUGAGAGUGACAAGCAGAUGAAGAAAUUCAAGGGACUGAAGAGGUUUUCACUCUCUGCUAAAGUGGUAGAUGAUGAAAUUUAUUACUUUAGAAAACCAAUUGUCCCUCAGAAGGAGCCCUCACCUUUGCUGGAAAAGAAGAUCCAGUUACUAGAAGCUAAAUUUGCUGAGUUAGAAGGUGGAGAUGAUGAUAUUGAAGAGAUGGGAGAAGAGGAUAGUGAGGUCAUUGAACCUCCUUCUCUGCCUCAACUUCAGACUCCUCUGGCCAGUGAGCUGGAUCUCAUGCCCUACACUCCCCCGCAGUCUACUCCAAAGUCUGUCAAAGGCAGUGCAAAGAAGGAAGGCUCUAAGCGGAAAAUCAACAUGAGUGGCUACAUCCUGUUUAGCAGUGAGAUGAGAGCUGUGAUUAAGGCCCAACACCCAGACUACUCUUUUGGGGAACUCAGCAGACUUGUGGGGACAGAAUGGAGAAACCUGGAGACAGCCAAAAAAGCAGAAUACGAAGAGCGGGCAGCUAAAGUUGCUGAGCAGCAGGAGAGAGAGCGAGCAGCACAGCAACAGCAGCCGAGUGCUUCUCCCCGAGCAGGCACCCCUGUGGGGGCUCUCAUGGGGGUGGUGCCACCACCAACACCAAUGGGGAUGCUCAAUCAGCAGUUGACACCUGUUGCAGGCAUGAUGGGUGGCUAUCCGCCAGGCCUUCCACCUUUGCAGGGCCCAGUUGAUGGCCUUGUUAGCAUGGGCAGCAUGCAGCCACUUCACCCUGGGGGGCUUCCACCCCACCACCUUCCGCCAGGUGUGCCCGGCCUCCCGGGUAUCCCACCACCGGGUGUGAUGAACCAAGGAGUGGCCCCUAUAGUAGGGACUCCAGCACCUGGUGGAAGUCCAUAUGGACAGCAGGUGGGAGUUUUGGGGCCUCCAGGGCAGCAGGCACCCCCUCCAUAUCCAGGCCCACAUCCCGCCGUUCCGCCUGUCAUACAGCAGCCAACAACUCCCAUGUUUGUGGCUCCUCCACCGAAGACCCAGCGACUCCUCCACUCGGAGGCCUACCUGAAAUACAUAGAAGGACUCAGUGCUGAGUCCAGCAGCAUUAGCAAGUGGGACCAGACCCUGGCAGCACGAAGAUGCGAUGUCCAUUUGUCAAAAGAACAGGAGAGCCGCUUACCCUCUCACUGGCUAAAAAGUAAAGGGGCCCACACCACCAUGGCAGAUGCCCUCUGGCGCCUUCGGGAUUUAAUGCUCCGAGACACCCUCAAUAUUCGCCAAGCAUACAACCUAGAAAAUGUUUAAUCACAUCAAUUACAUUUCUUUUAUAGAAGCAUAAAGAGUUUUGUGGAACAGUAGCCAUUUUAGUUACUGGGGGUGGGGGGAAGAAACAAAGGAAGAUAAUUUUUAUUGCAUUUUACUGUACAUCGCAAGGCCAUUUUUAUAUGAGGACACUUUUAAUAAGCUAUUUCAAUUUGUUUUUGUUAUAUUAAGUUGACUUUAUCAAAUACACAAAGAUUUUUUUGCAUAUGUUUCCUUCGUUUAAAACCAGUUCCAUAAUUGGUUGUAUAUGUAGACUUGGAGUUUUAUCUUUUUACUGUUGCCAUGAAACUGAAACCAUCAAGGGUUUUGUCUUAACUUGGGAUUUUUUUUUUUUUUUUUUUUAAUAAAAGAACAAACAAAAUGAGAAAAAAAAAAAAAGAAAAAACCCACAGGAGUUUACAGACUAGUUUGACAAUGAAAUGUGAAGUUGGUCCUAGUUUACAUCUUAGAGAGGGGAGUAUACUUGUGUCUGUUUCAUGUGCCUGAAUAUCUUAGGCCACUUUCCACAAUAGCUGUUGCUGACAGGUGAAGUGAAGUGCUUUCUUGGAAAGGUUGUAGAUGUUUGGCAGACACAAAACAAUUUGCUAUAUUAACUCUCAGGCUGGCUGCAGAGAUCUGAAGUCAGUGCUGUGCAUCCUUCUGCAGCCAGAGCCCCUCCCAGACACCUGGAGGGAGGGGGCACUUUCUCUUGUGCUGAGUUAGACAUCAUGCUUUCAAUUACUUUUGCAGAAGAGAUGCACAACCCUGAAUUAUAUUUAGUCGUGGCAGGUAAGUUUAAGGGUACUUUUGAUCUCUUUAUAAUGAAUUCACAAUUUAUGCCUAUAUACAUUGGAUGAUUUAAAAUUUUAAAUUUGAUAUGUUGAAAAGCAUUGAAAUUCAUCUUGAAGAAAACAUUGAGUUGUGUGCAUGGAGGCAAUUUAUUUUUAAACAAAACACCUAACCUUACCUAGGGGAGCAUAGUGUGUAGCUGGAUAUGAGCUGCAUCAGAAGCGUAAUUGUGAAAGGGUAGAUUGCCUGCAUAUGCAAAUAUGUUUGUUUACUCUUUAUUUCCUCAUUAUCAGAUGUGGCUUUUUUUUUUUCCUUCCAAAUUUCAGAGUUGUAAUUCUCAACCAGAAAUUGAAGCUUUUCUAAAAUAUUUUUUAUUUGGCUUUUACUUUAGGAUUUCAGGAGAUAAGAAUCAUAACUUAAGAAGUCACUAAAAAGAAUGUUACAGAUCCCAAACACUUGGGUUUGGUGACCCUAUCUUUCUUAAAUGACCCUAGAGUAAACAUUUGGAGGCAAGGUAUGAUGCUCAGACAGGUAGGAAGUGUUAAACAUAGAACAUUUUGUCAAUUGGGGGUAUAUUUUUGAAACCUGCUUUAUUGUUAACAGGGUGGUUGCCAUCCUGAUGGAGCUUCUGCUGCUAUUUUUAAAUUGAGUUACUCUCAAAGGAUACUUUUUUUUUAAUCUGGUAUGAAUCAAUACCCAGAUGUUUAAUUGCUAUUCUUACUGAAUCAUGAGGACAAAAGAGUAUAGAAUGGAAAAGGGUCUCUUGUAUCUAGAUACUUUAAUACAGGAGGCCCUUAAUUGCCUGUAGUCACCCACUGGAUUUCAAUUUGCAUCAAGUAUUUUAAAUAAUUUUGAAUUUUUUAAAAUGUAUUUCAGUAAUAUGUCAGUACCUUAUUGUUAAACUGAAUCAGAUAAAGAAAUCCUCAGUUCCUAGUUAUUUGGGUCACUGAAUCAUCAUGGACUGUAUAAUACAAUCAGAUUCUUUUAUUCCUAGACCUCCUUGAAUUACACCAAAGAACCUGAGAUUUAAUUUUGGCUAAGUUAUUUAUUUAUUUCAUGCAUUCAUUUUAUUUCCCUUUUAAGGUCUGGAUGAGACUUCUUUGGGGAGCCUCUAAAAACUCUUCACUGUGGGCUACAUGGGGCAUUAGAAGCCAGCGCACUCCUCCUCCAGGCUCCUCUCCAGCACCCUGAGGGGCUUUAGGAAUCAGAGACCCAGCCAGGGGCUUCCUAAGGUGGUGCAGUGCCGGGCCACUAAGAAGGCCUGAUCAAGUGUUUUUGUUUUUGUUUUAAAGAAUUCUAUUUAUUUGGGAAUCAUGUCUUUCUGUAUAUUAACUUGGAAAACAUCAAUUAAUAUUUAGUAUAGAAGAUUUGAGAUCAGCUGUCUAGAAUUCCAUCCUUAAUUCCAAAAAAGAAAAAGUCCUGGUUUAAGAAAGUAACAGUAAACUAUAUAUAUUUUCUUUGUGAGUUUUAGGACCUGUAGUGAUGUGGCUUAGAAAGUAUAAUGGCCUAAAUGUUUUUAAAAUGUAAGUUCAUGUGAAGAUUUGUUUAUGUUGGGGGAAAACCUAUAGGUUUAAAAUAAUAUGUUUGUCAGCCAACUGAAUAAAAGGCCUUUAAUUGUUUUUUUUUUUUUUAACCCACCCUUCCCUUCCUGUGAGGAAGAAUUGAGGGAGGGACACUUAUUGUGUAAGAUCUCCAAGUUGGUGUUAAUGACUUUUUAGCUUGAACAUUUCAGACCUGAUUAAAACUUGGUUUAUUCUAAUUUCUGUAUCAAAAAAGGUUUAAGUGGUAACUAGUCUUAUAACAUGUAUCAUAUGUUUGUUCAUCUAAAGCUUUUUAAUCCAAAUAAAAAUGGAGUUUGCAAAGUGA